CCUUCGACCCAACCUCUGAAGGACAAAGGGCCUCGGUAGCCAUGGCCUUCAUAGGCCAGUCGGCCCUAGACAUUAAAAAGAAGCUUCAGAGGUUGGAGGGGUUGCAGGAUUUCACUCUACUAGAGUUAGUUAAAGAAGCAGAGAAAGUAUAUCAUAAAAGGGAAACCGAAGAGGAGAGAGAGAGAGAGAGAAGCCAGGGAAGAUGAGAGGGAGAAGAGACAGGAAAAAAGAUUAACGCGUAUCUUGGCCGCAGCUGUGGGUGAUAAUAGGUCAGUGCCAGUGCAUAAGAAUAAAAAGCCUGGGAAGGAAUCAGGCCCCACAUUCACCGCCUCUUGCAUAUGGAGAUUUUAGUCAAAUGCCACUCCCCUUGGAACACCCCCCUUCUUCCCGUUCAAAAGCCGGGAACUAAUGACUAUCGGCCCGUGCAGGACCUCAGAGAAGUCAACAAACGAGUCCAGGACAUUCACCCUACCGUCCCCAACCCUUACAAUUUGCUGAGUGCUCUUCCACCCUCUCGUGUCUAAAAUACAGUCUUGGAUCUAAAGGAUGCUUUCUUCUGUUUGCGGUUGCACCCAGCCAGCCAAAGACUCUUUGCCUUCGAGUGGAGGGACCCGGAUUCUGGGACCACGGGGCAACUAACCUGGACCCGGCUCCCUCAAGCAUUUAAGAACUCCCCCACCAUCUUCGACGAAGCCCUUCAUCAGGACCUAACCACUUUCCGGGCUGAGCACCUGCAGGUCACUCUUCUCCAGUACGUAGAUGACCUCCUCUUGGCAGGAGCGAUGGAAGAAGACUGCAAAGCAGGUACGGAAGACCUACUCAUAGAACUUUCCCGCUUGGGGUAUCGGGCUUCUGUCGAUUGUGGAUCCCUGGGUUCGCAGCGUUAGCAGAACCUCUGUACCCGCUAACAAAACAGGGGAGCUCUUUCCAGUGGGGGGAGCCCCAGCAGCGUGCAUUUGAUGACAUUAAGAGAGCGCUUCUCUCUGCACCGGCCUUGGCCUUGCCAGAUGUUUCCAAACCCUUCACCCUCUUUGUGGAUGAAAAGAAGGGGGUUGCUCGAGGGGUGCUGACUCAAGCUCUAGGACCCUGGAAGAGACCGGUGGCUUACUUAUCUAAAAAGCUGGACCCGGUGGCAAAAGGAUUGCCAGCUGCUUAAAGGCUAUAGCAGCUACCGCCCUGCUUGUAAAAGAUGCAGACAAACUUACUCUGGGGCAAAAGCUAACAGUUAUAGCCCCCCAUGCGCUGGAAAGCAUCAUCCGGCAACCCCCCGACCGGUGGAUGUCCAACGCCCGGAUGACCCACUACCAAAGCUUGUUGCUGGACAGCGAACGGGUUUCUUUUGGAGCCCCGGUGGCUCUCAACCCGGCCACACUGUUGCCGGAGGAGCAUCCGGAAAACAGAGAAGUCCUUCAUUCCUGUCAUGACAUUCUGGCAGAAGAGACAGGGCCACGUAAGGGCCUCCGGGAUGAGCCGCUACCCAACCCACACUGCACCUGGUUCACCGACGGGAGCAGCUGCAUCCAUGAAGGUAAAAGGGUCGCAGGGGCGGCGGUGGUCAGCAAAGAUCAGGUCAUAUGGGCUGGUAGCCUACCUGAGGGAACCUCUGCCCAAAAGGCGGAGUUAGUUGCCCUGACACGAGCCCUCGAGCUGGCAGAAGGGAAAAGGGUCAACAUUUACACAGACAGCCGUUAUGCUUUUGCAACAGCCCACAUCCAUGGAGCCAUAUACCGCCAGAGAGGCUUGCUCACCUCCUCGGGAAAAGAAAUAAAAAACAAGCAGGAGAUUUUACGUCUCCUUGAGGCUAUUCACGCCCCCCAGGAGGUGGCCCAGGGGAAUAAAAAAGCUGACUGUGAAGCAAAACAAGCGGCUCUAAGGUCAGGAAUUCUGAUUCUUGCCGCCAGUCCCCCGGUGGCGUCACCGACAUUCCCCCACUACUCCUCAGAAGAGGAGGAGAGCCUGGCAAAAAAACCUGCCAAGUUCUCUAAAGAUCAGCAGGGGAUCUGGAAGACUAGAGAGGGAAAAAUUGUCCUGCCCAAAGAAGCCGCUCGGGCAUACUUAAAGCAAUUGCAUCGUCUUACUCAUUUAGGAGCAAAGCAUCCACGCUCCAAUUGCCAGUCUACAAAAUACCACAUCCGGGGACGCAGUCGCUUAACUGAGGAAGUAGUUCACCAAUGCAAAGCUUGUCAACUAGUAAACUCUCACCCAUCCCAGGCUAGCCCCCGGCGGCGCCUAAGGGGAGAGCGUCCUGGGGACAAUUGGGAGAUAGAUUUCACAGAAGUAAAACCAACCCGGUAUGGAUACAAAUAUCUUCUAGUUUUUAUAGACACCUUUUCAGGAUGGGUAGAGGCUUUCCCCACAACGAAGGGGACAGCAACGGUGGCCAAACGAGUCCUGGAAGACAUCUUCCCCAGGUUCGGAAUCCCUAAGGUAAUUGGAUCCGAUAACGGCCCAGCUUUCAUUGCACAGGUAAGUCAGGGAAUGGCCAAGAUACUUGGGGCGGAUUGGAAAUUACAUUGUGCUUAUAGGCCCCAAAGCUCAGGUCAGGUAGAAAGGAUGAAUAGAACUCUAAAAGAGGCUAUGACUAAAUUAUCCUUAGAGACUGGCAUAACAGACUGGACAGUGCUCCUUCCCUUCGCCCUCUUUCGCGUUCGGAACACGCCCGGCCCCCUGGGGGUGACCCCGUUUGAGGUUCUGUUCGGGGCUGCCCCACCCCUCAUGGCCGACCCGUGGUCUAUGCCGGCUGAUGUUAAUGCUCCUCAUUCCCUACUUGCUAGGUUGAAAGCCCUUGAAGUCGUUCACAGGGAAGUCUGGGCACCUUUGGCCGCCCUCUACAAGCCCGGAGAAGUACGAGUGCCACACCCGUUCCAGGUCGGUGAUCUCGUUUACGUCCGGCGACACCGAGCUGCCAAUCUCGAGCCAAGGUGGAAAGGACCACACCUGGUGCUGCUAACGACCCCAACAGCUAUCAGGGGAACUAUACCAGCACCACCAGCCCUAUUGCUUGCACUUGGGGAAGUCGCGGAAAACUUACCCUGACUAAGGUUUCAGGACAAGGCUCCUGCAUCGGAAAUGUCCCCGAUGAUCGACAAGGACUCUGCAGUGACAAGAGAGGAGCCCCCUCAGGUGAAGGUUACUACUUAGUUCCCCCACAGGGGGGAUGGUGGGCUUGCAACACAGGGCUGACCCCCUGCCUGGCAGCACAGAUUUUUAACAAAUCAGCAGAAUACUGCGUCCUUGUCCAGUUAGUUCCCACAAUUAGGUAUUACUCAGCUGCCUCUUUUGAAGAGACAUAUAAGUCCCCCUCCUCCGCCCUAAAGAAGGGAGAACUAGUGUCCUUAACCCUAGCAACUCUCCUGGGCGCAGGGGUGGCAGCUGGAGUAGGAACAGGGACUGCAGCUCUAAUUAAGGGGCCCCCUUAUUCAAGAGAGCUCCAAAUGGCAAUGGAUGAAGAUCUUAAAAGCAUAGAACAGUCCAUCACCAAGCUUGAGGAGUCCUUAACUUCCCUGUCCGAGGUGGUCCUCCAAAACAGGCGGGGACUAGACCUGCUCUUCCUGAAGGAAGGGGGACUGUGUGCGGCCUUAAAGGAACAGUGCUGUUUUUGUGCCGAUCAUUCCGGAGUCCUUAAAGAUUCCAUGUCUAAGCUUAGAGAGAGGCUGGAAUCCCGGAGAAAGGAGCGAGAGGCCAAACAAGGGUGGUUUGAAGGCUGGUUUAACACCUCUCCUUGGUUAACAACCCUCCUCUCCACCUUGCUGGGACCCUUACUCAUCCUCAUCUUGCUCCUAACUUUCCGGCCCUGCAUACUAAGCCGACUAGUGACAUUCAUCCAAAAACAGGUCAGCACUGUCCGGUUAAUGGUUUUACAACAGCAGUAUUAGCCACUCGCUAUAGAUAAUAACCCAUAGUUUUAAGAUUAAAACUCUCUCAAAAAGAAAAAGGGGGGAAUGUGGAGAAAAAUCUAACCUGCCGUUCUGCUUCUGUAAACUGCGCUCGCUCAACCCUAUUCCCUCCCCCGCUGGCGCUGGCGCCACUCUGUAACUCCCCGAAAACCGCUUGCCGUUAGUCCUUGGAGUUUAUUGACCAAGAUUAGAAGU